AUGGCUGCCACAGAAGGAUCUGAAGCCUUGGCUACACCACUGACCCACAUGUUCAGUGAUACACCCCAGCAGCCCUUGAGUCAAGGAAAUUUGCAUUCUGCCUCGGAGCCUCGAAUGGAAUGGCCGUGGCUACUAAGCAAUCCAGAACUUAUAUCUGGAUACACAGACGCACUUGGUGGCGGAUAUGGCAGCGUACAUAUGUGCCUCACAGGAGGAUAUAAUGGAUCUUUAACAAGGUAUGUCUUCCGAUAG